AUGCGGACAAUUGUCAAAAUUCAUCAAGCGGGUUUUAGGUCGGCAAUAGUGAAGAAGUUCGGAAGUCGUGUGCGUCGAUUGACGACCGAUAUCGGUGACAAAGGCUCGUCCAAACUGACAUAUGGUAAUAUAAACGAGAGAGAACUUCGACUUAUUACCGCUAUGACGGAAGACUUGCAUCUAAUCUUGCUUGAGUGCCCCAACAUCAGCUCACCGGCCGACGUUGCCCAGCUAAAUAUGGCGCCUAUAAUGUUUCUAUUCAGAAUCAGCAACAGAAAGAUCCUCUUAAAACUUCUUAAAAAGACUGGCAUCAAAGGAGCAGGCGCAAUUGCUGGAGCUGAUGCUCUAAAUCAGUUGACACCAGACCAGGUAGACAUCAUUAUCGAAGACAAUGGCUUAGAUGAUGCCACACGAAAAAUCUGCAGGUUUUUGGAAGCAUAUUGGCUAGCGUUACAUCCUACCACACCUAUUCUCGAGGAUGAGUACCUCAAUGAAAGCACCAGUUCAACACCAAAGGAUGAGCAAACAAACAAAUAA